GAAGUGACGUAGGAUGAUGCCCAUUCUCCAACGAGGAAGUAACUUCCCACCUAGAGCGCUGCAGCCAGCAAGUUACUGGGAGCGCAGAGAAGCGGCCGCUGACAGCCUGGGGAGAUGCGGCGGUAACACGGGAUGCGCAGGCCGGGUGUCAGACACUGAGCGGGGUGUGCCGGCACCAUGAACAUAGACGUGGAGUUCCACAUCCGCCAGAACUAUCCAUGGGCCAAGCUACCGGCCAACGUCAGACAGAGUCUGGGAAACUCCCAAAAGGAAUAUGAGAAGCACGUUAUACUGUACAGUAUCCGGAACCAGCUGAGGUACCGCAGUAAUUUAGUGAAACAUGUGAAGAAAGAUGAGCGGAAAUACUAUGAGGAGCUUCUGAAGUACAGUAGGGAGCACCUCAUGCUUUAUCCCUACCACCUGUCUGAUAUCAUGGUGAAGGGACUACGGAUAACCCCCUUCUCCUACUAUAUAGGAAUAAUGGAGGAUAUAAUGAAUAGUGAAAAGAGCUAUGAUUCCCUGCCGAAUUUUACUGCCGCUGAUUGUCUAAGACUUCUUGGUAUAGGAAGGAACCAGUAUAUAGAUCUGAUGAACCAGUGCAGAUCAUCAAAGAAAUUCUUCCGAAGGAAAACUGCUCGCGACUUGCUGCCUGUGAAACCGGUGGAGAUCACCAUAGAGGCUUGGUGGGUGGUGCAGUCUGGAUACAUCACUGAGGAUGACAUCAAGGUUUGCAGCACGGGAGAGAAAAGAGCUAUUGAUAAAAUCAUCGACUCUGGACCUCAGCUGGCUGGUUCUCUGGAGCACAAUGUUGUUCAUAGCCUUUAUAAUAAAGGAUUUAUAUAUCUUGAUGUACCCAUCUCAGAUGACAGUUGCAUCGCUGUGCCCCCCCUUGAAGGCUUUGUGAUGAACCGGCUACAAGGAGACUAUUUUGAAACUCUUCUCUACAAGAUAUUUGUCUCAAUUGAUGAACAUACCAACGUGGCAGAGCUUGCAAAUGUUCUGGAGAUCGAUCUGUCUUUAGUAAAGAAUGCCGUCUCCAUGUACUGCCGCUUGGGGUUUGCCCUCAAAAAGGGACAAGUGAUCAAUCCUGACCAGCUGCACCCAUCGUGGAGGAACGUCCCAUCUGUAAAUAGACUGAAGAACACAUUGGAUCCGCAGAAGAUGCUGCUUUCCUGGGAGAGCACAGAAAGCAAGAGCCCGGUACAAGACAUGGUCUCUUCAGCCACAGACACCGACACCAACAGUCAGGAGGACCAAGCGGACACCUGUAGUGUGAGCAGCCUGAAUUUAUCCAGCGGACACACAAAACGUAUCGCUUUCCUGUUUGAUUCCACGCUCACUGCCUUCCUGAUGAUGGGAAACUUAUCACCUAAUCUGAAGAGUCAUGCCGUGACCAUGUUUGAAGUGGGCAAAUUGUCCGACGAGACCCUGGAUAGCUUCCUUGUGGAGCUAGAGAAGGUACAAAGCACAGGCGAGGGGGAAGCACAGAGGUACUUCGACCAUGCGCUCACUUUACGGAACACAAUCCUCUUCCUGCGCCACAACAGGGAUCUGAUCGCACAACCUGAGCAAGCGAAUACAGGUUUGCCGCUGGAUCUCCUGCGAUGCGAGAGCCUUCUUGGCUUGGACCCAGCCACGUGCAGCCGCGUAUUGAACAAGAACUACUCACUCCUGGUCUCCAUGGCUCCUCUCACCAAUGAGAUCCGGCCGAUCAGCAGCUGCACGCCGCAGCACAUUGGUCCGGCCAUCCCAGAAGUGAGCUCGAUAUGGUUUAAACUCUACAUCUACCAUAUUUCCGGCCACGGGCCACCAUCCCUCUUGCUAUCAAAAGGAACCAGGCUCCGGAAGUUGCCAGACAUCUUCCUGGCCUAUGACCGGUUGUUUAUUACGUCGUGGGGGCAUGAUCCAGGCGUGGUUCCUACAUCCAAUGUUCUGGUGAUGCUGAAUGAUGCAUUAACGCACUCUGCGGUUCUCAUUCAGGGUCAUGGCAUGCAUGGUAUGGGAGAGACUGCACAUGUCCCAUUCCCGUUUGAUGAAGCAGAACUACACGGAGAGUUCUCCACCAUCAACAUGGGUGUCCACAAAGCCUUAAGAGUGUUGAGAGAGAGGACAGAUCUGGAUCACUUCUGUGGGUACGUCACAAUGCUGAACCCCACCAGGCACCAUGUUGUGAGCCACAGAAGACUGAGCGACACGUCUGAGGGGAAAGAGGAGUCCUGUCUAGUGUUCGACUCUGAUGUGAAUGGCAGCACGGAGUCCUUUGAGCUUGUGGUGGAGGAACCCGUUGUAGAAUCAGGACAGAAGCCCAGUGACGUGCCGGCUGUAGAGAGUGACUGGGUCCCGCUGGAGCUUUGCUAUGGAAUCCCGCUGUUCAGCUCCGAACUCAACCAGACUGUCUGCAGGAAAAUUGCUGCCCACGGACUGUGUGGGAAGGAGAGCCUCAAGGAUCUGCUGCACUCCAGCCGGAAGCUUUCCCUGCAGGUCCUCAGCUUCGUUCAGUCAUUCCAGGAAAGCAGCUUUGCAACGGAACAUAUGUCGGAGACUGGCACCGCAAGUGCGUUGGCACAGCCUGGCCCCACAGAUGCCGGGGUCCCUCUACCCUCAAAGAACUUAAUAUUUCAAGACGGAAUACUUUCUGAGUGGAACGGUCGAGCCCGUGUCUCGGCUCACCAUGUACACGUGCCGAGUGAGCAGGCCUGACUGAGCAUGUCUCCCGUCCCUCUUGGUGUUCGUGUUUCUGCUACUGUAUAGGCUAUGUGUUAGCAGCGUGACGCUAGAGUCUGUGGCCGGUCACUCUGUCUCCCGUGACGCGUGUUCUGCAUUUCUUCUACAUUCCUAGAAUGCCUUGAAUAGAUCUUAGGGACAAGUUUAGCAAGAAAUUAUCAAACUGCAACCAUAAAAGAUUUCACCCAAGAACCACUUAUUUCAGCAAACGGCACUUUCCCAAAUUUUCCAAGGACCAAACUUUUUUUUUUAUUAUUAUUUUUUUUUAUCCCUUUUAAAUUAUUAUUCUAAAGUAAGACUUUGAUCAAAUCUGGACUCUUGUUUAUUUAUUAAAUAGUUUCAACUGGCUAUUAACUAUUCCGAAUUGCGACAAAAUGCAUCCGCACACAUAAAAAAAAAAAAGUAUGCAUCAUUAAGAUUUUUAAACGUUUGUAAACAAAACGUACUAUAAGUAUAUGUGAAAUUUUGUCUAAUUUUGUAAUUUUAUUACAGAUCUUUGCGAAAUGUCCACCUCCAAAAAAAGAGUAUAUGUAAAAUAUAUAUUUACUUUCUAUUGUGCUACAUUAACAGGAUAUCUUGGUAAAAUCAAACACGAGCCACUUUUUUUUUUUUUUUCUUUUAUUAAAUAACACUGUAAAUCUAUGGUUAUAUUAUUAAAUUUACCCUGUACAAAGUAAAAAUA